UCUUCUUUCUGCAGCUCGCACUUCACAGAACUCACCAACAAUGGUUGCCGCCAAGAAAACCAAGAAGACCCAUGAGAGCAUUAACAACAGGCUCGCUCUUGUUAUGAAGAGCGGAAAAUAUACCCUCGGUUAUAAAACCGUUCUAAAAUCUCUAAGGAGUUCCAAAGGGAAACUGAUUAUCAUUGCCAAUAACUGCCCCCCUUUGAGGAAGUCCGAAAUAGAAUACUAUGCUAUGUUGGCAAAGGUUGGAGUUCAUCACUACAAUGGGAACAAUGUGGAUUUGGGCACUGCAUGCGGAAAAUAUUAUAGAGUGUGCUGCCUCAGCAUUGUUGAUCCUGGUGAUUCGGAUAUCAUUAAGACACUACCUGGCGAACAGUAAAGUAGUGUUGAAAUCCCUUUUUCAUAUUUUCUGUUUUUAGUUGAUUCAGACAUUGUUGAAUGAUAUCUGAUUCAGUUGUAGACUCUGGUGUAAGGUUGGGUAUUCUAGCUCACAUCGAGUAAUUUUGACUAUGCUAGAUUUUCUUGUUUCAUUGUGCCAACUGCUCUAUAGAUAAUUUAAUUCUAGUUUGGUCGUGCUUGCUGUUAAUACCA